AUGGCGGCGUCCCUUCUGGGCUUCGCCACCCGCGAGUUGGAUGCCUUCGCUGAAACAGCGGCAGAUAAAAUCAAUGAUGAUAUGGUUCUCAAGGAUCAAAGAAAAACUGUGGAAGCCUUAAACAAAGCCAUUCCAGGGUAUUUCAAUAUUUUCCUCUUCGUCGUGAUUUUUUCUACUAGCAAGAUAGGUCUACUAUAAUCGCUUUCGGGACUAUCUAUUAGGUUGAGAACAAGUGUAAGGCAGUAGCGCCGGGUGUCCUAGACUACAAACACAAAGCGAUUUCUCCAGGGUAUGAUUUAUAUAUAUAUGAUAACUACUGGUGGCAUUAAGUAGUUUAAAAAGUGGAUCUGGACGUAAAGUGUCGGGCAGACAAAGCGAUAAUUGCACAUGAGCCUUUAGUCAUUCCAUGAACCACCAUACCAGAUGGUUGCAUUUGCUGAUGAAGGAGCAGCACGAAAUGUUGUGUACGGCCAUUGCGCAGGCAUUCGAAGGCGUUCUCGAAGGCCUGCAGAAGGACCUCGCUGACGCGGACAAAGGCACUGAUAAUUAAGGCUACUACUUACUACUUCUGCAAAACAGGUUAUUAAACUUGUUGAUCAAGGUUAAUCGUCUUAGUGAUAAUCUCUUGCUGUGUCUGAGGAGGUAUCCAAUUGAAGCUAUUCCCCUUACAACUAGUUAGAACUUGAUGGGAGGCUAAGGGGAAGAUUCAUCUGAAGUGAAUCACCCAACAAUAAAGGACAGACUCAAUAAGAUUCUAAUGGAUUCAACGGGAUAAUUCCAAGGGUGAAUUCAAAAAUGGCACUCUAAGGGAUUGUUCUAUUCUGGGGGAUUCGAGAAAAAUCACAGACCGAUCACAGAUAGUAAAAAUCUCACUGCAAGCUAUUCAUUUUCAUCCUUCCGUAAGUAAUUGUUUACUAGUAUCCUAGGCAACAUUCAUAUUAUUUCUUCAAUUUUUACAUAUUGAUGAUGAAACUGUUCUUGCAGUUACUACAGUAGUCGUGAGUACUAUGUAUUACUUUUACUACUAGUACCAGAACAAGUACAACAACUUCCAGUCUCCAGCGCUUCUAAUGUGAGCGAAUGAAAGAGCAUGUCUCAAAUUUUUUCGCAAAAUUGAGUAUUGCUGGCGACGUGAGGAGUUUAAAGGCGUCAAUGACAAAGGCGAUCGAGGAUAUUCGCCGCAUCGAGGGAAGUUUAGCACAGGUGUGGAACGAACUCAAGUUAAGGCGAACCUCCGUGAAUCUAAUGCUAGAAAUCUGUAUUAUAAGUAUCAGAAUCUUCAUAAGGUAGUCUAGUGGUAGAAAGAUGAAGCUACUCAUAUCAUAUUUCAUUGAAGUCGAGGCACCCUAUCCUAUCCUGUCUAAAAAUCUACAGCUAAUCGGAUCUCUUACAUAGGUACACCAGCUGGUAGCGCGUUCUUCCGAGAUAAGAUUAGAAUGAUUAUUUCUUCCUCUUGUUCAUCUACUUGAUUACUUAUACUGGUAGGUCACCUGGUGCAGAAGAACAUCUUGCAGCUGGCGGCCUCCACCCCAGUUGUUAGUUGGAAGAGCUAGUGGCCUCCCCGAUUGUUUUCUGCGAGGGAACCGAAGAGAGGCUUCUCCACGAUGCUUCUCAAAACUUAGAACUGGAGGCCUCCCAUUUUGUACUUAGUACGCGCAUAAAGAAAAAUCGCCGGUUAGUUUUCCCUCAUAAUUCCUAGCGUAGUUCCUCCAGUCAAUACGUCGGACGCUCUAAUCCGUCCGGAGGUGAACGAGGUACAACAAAAAGUCGAAACCAUCCAAGGCAAGUUUGCGGGAAUAUACGAGUCGAUCGAGGUAGAAAUUUGAUUACUUCUGCACAACUAGUUCUUCAACCGCAUCUACUUCAUGAACUAUUUAGGGUUACUAGGUAGUACGUAGUAGUUCUUGUUCUUCUCUCAUCUUCCAUUACUUUACAACAAUUAAUAGCAUCUCGGUGUAGUUUGUCCACUCCCUUUAGUCACUUGUUCAUCCUCUAGAUGCUGCGCGAGUCCUUGUACGACUAUUGUUCGAUAAGCCUUCUCCACUUCUGCAUCGUUUCGUGUAAUAUUUCUCUUCAACAAGAAAGAAACGGUAAGGGUAAAUCACGUAAAUUUUACGUUUAGUUCUAUCAUUGUAAGGUUUAGUUCUAUCAACAUCAUUAUCUUUAACUUUAUCAUCUUCAUCUUGUAAUAAAAAACAAACUUCUCCUCAGAAUGAAGCGACGACGCGAGAGGAGCGACUGGGCGAGGAAAGGGAACUUUUCCAGGCAAAAAUGGAGGAGUCACACGCUACCCUGAAAGCAUGGAACAAGAGCCAACAGCAGCAACUGCGUGAAGAUACGAACACCUCUUUCGAUACCUUCACUUCGAAUGUUGACAACAAACUUGAGAUCUAUGAGACGCAGAACAAGACAUCCUGGUGUUGGGACUUACACACACACUGCUUUUCCUACGGCGAAGCCGAAACUCUGGAAGAUGGUAUAAUUCUGAACCUGAAACCCUCGAAGAUGCAUGGUAUAAGUAACGGGAAGAAAUCGUCAGGGAAAUCUUAGGCAUUUUGCCGAAAUGAUUCGCGUCAUCAAUCCUUCAGUAUUUGUCGUGAUGGAGAUGGAGUUUUUUUCUAAGUUUACUAAAUCAAUUGUUGCCUCAACAAGUAGAAGUAGAUAUUAUCACUGAUAGAUAACCAUUACACUCUUACUUUUUAGUUGUGAGGGGAGGUUUUUGUUUCUUUUGCAAAUGUGCGUGACUGAAUUUUGUAUAGUUGGACUGAAGUUAGACUUUCCAGAGGUUGGAUAGGAUUAGGAAAUUCUCGACGGCGGGUUAGAAAAAGAUUGAGCGAGCAACUUCCUUCAUCAGCGGAAAUAGAGGAUCCGAAGCGGUCUGUUCAUCAUGAAUCACCAUUUGCACUAGGUAAUAGUGAUACUCCCUUUCCAAUAAGUAUAAGAACACUGAGUAAGAUGACACCCUGUUCCUCAGCCUCAUGCACAGGCUGAUUGCUGAAUAUGAUCCUUUUUUUCUUCAGGCACCACGUCGCAGCCGAUGAUCGAGCACAGCUUAGAGAGCCCUCACGGCAUGUGCAUCACUCCCGACGAGCUAGACCGCGAACAGACGAUCGUUAGUCGGGAUUUCCACUGCUGCAUGGUUUUAAGGCUUGCAUAUAUUCAUCUUGAGAGGCAUUUUUGUCGUGCUUUCAAGGGGAAAAAUAGGUCAAAGAUCGAUGCGCUCCAAUAUGAAUAUUGGUAAGGUCUAAUGGUUCCAGGGAGUUGCAUGAAGCUUUUCAUCGGAGCCGAGAAGCUCCACUCGAGCAUCGAGGAGCGACGUGUGGGCGCACCCAUGACGCAGAUUCGGCGGGCGGUCGGCGCGGCUCUAGUUUUGG